GUGGGAACCGAAGAUGGACCCCCGACGCCCGGAGGAAAGCCGACCGGCUGCACCACCAAAAGCGUUGUGCUUUCACUGCCACAUGCCGGGACACAUCGCGUCUCGCUGUCCAUCGCGGCGAGAAGAAAAACAUUGCCCCGAGGACGAGCGCCGGGUCGAUGCCUGCGUGGUGGAAGCCCCGACGGGUAGACUAAGCCAGCAGGCCACACACGAGGACGUGUAAGUGUCAGGAUGGCCGAGUCGGAGACGAAAGAACGCCGGGGCCCCUCUGGAACUUCAGGACAACACCCUAACCUUGCAACCUAGAGCCUAAUAUAGCCAUAACGAAACAAUCGCAAGUAUCCAAACCGAUAGCAAUCGUACGUCGAUCGGAGGAUCGUGUGUACUGAGACACUCGACCGGAGUCUUGUUUCGGUGGCGUCGUUGGGAUGACGAGCAGUCUUGCUAGAGAGCUGAUCGGUGAAGGAAGUCGAGUGCCUUACGAGCAGGGAAUGGUGCACGUGUGAGUUAGAGCAAGGGAACCUGUCCUCCCGUUGGUCACGGAUUCGUUAUCAAGCCUGAGGCCCUCGUCACUAGUGUAACUAUCGACAAUAAAGGUACCCCACGCGCGACCGGGCGAUGGAGAACUUCAACGCAGAACCGCUACCUCCCGCGAGCCUUCCCUGGGAGGGCGCCUCGAGCUCGGACUCGGAAUGUGACUCGAGCUCGGAUUCGGAUUCAGACUCGACAUCAGAAGUGGCAUCCGAACACACGUUGUCGGCACGGGAUCGUAUGAGUAUCGUGCGCGCACUAAAGCGGUCGCUAGGGAAGAAGAAGAGGAAGAAGAAGAAGAAAGGACACCGGGCAACCUGGGUAUCGCUACCGCGCUUCAACCCCGAAGCCGCGGACGCAGAUCCAGCCGCCUGGUGCACAGCCGUCGGCCUGCUCAUGAGGGACCACCCCCUGAAAAACAGCGCACUGUAUUCUGCCCUAAACCGUGCCCUAGAGGGUCCGGCAGCGUAUUGGCUUACGCAGAUAAUGAACGGCGACGAGCUCACCUGGCCAGAUUUUAAGGAACAAUUCGCCGCGCACUUCGGUGGCCAAGAAGUAGCAGCCGCGUCGCUAAUCAAGGUAGCCGAGGAACUACCGCGGGACGGCGAAACACCAGGAGCGUACGGAAAUCGUAUCAUCACCCUUCUGGGGUCGAAGUGGCGAAAUUCAACCAAGGAAGAAGUACUCGCCGCCACCGCCCUCCAUCUGCUGGGCUCGCGCGAUGAACGUUUUACGUUUAAAACUAGUCGUUACUAG